AUGGGAAAUAAUCCCCAAUAACAAUUUUAAAAUCAACAAUACGAUGAUGAAUGGGAGAUUUUGGAGAUAGAGAAGCCAAAGAAAAUUUUAAAUUUGAGGCAAUCAACUUUGAAUAAAUCAAUUUUUACAGUGAUAGAUUAUUAGGAACCAAGUUAGAAUAAAGCAAAGCCCUUGUUUUCUGGAAAUCACCCUGAAAAAUAAACAACAAAAUAUCAGAUUUCGAAACGAAUUUAGGAACUUUAACAUAAAAUAGGAGGUGAGACACUUUUCGGUGUAAGAAAAGGACAUGGGCCUAUUUAAUUAGGGGUGGAAGGUUAAUCAGAAUAAAAACUUGAAGAUAGACCUCAAUUUCCAAGAAAGCAUAAAAGAGCUGAAGUGAAAUUUGCAAAUCUGCAAUUAGAUUGA